AUGGCGGCGCUGCUCGGGCCGGCGGCGGCGCCGAGCUCCCGGGCGCCGCUGCAGCGAGCCGCCGCGUCGUCGUCAGCGCUGGACCCGCACGUGGGCGCGCAGGCCGCGAGCUACCCGCCGCGCCCGCCGCCGGCCAGCGGGGGGUCUCCGCUGCGCCACACGGGGGGGCGUGGCGCGCGGAGCGCGGCGGCGCCGUCGCGCGACCCGUCGCCGCCGCCGCGGCGCUCCUCGAACAUCGUCGCAGACAGCGCGGCGUACUUCGAGCUGUCGGAGUCGGACUCGGAGGCCGAGGCGCGCGCGGUCGCGGCGGUGCAGGGGCGGCCCGGCGGCAACAGCCGCGUGUCGACGGGCCCGGUCGCGCCCGCGGGGUCCGUGGGCGGGAACACGGGCAGCACGGCGGACGCGACGGACCGGCUGCGCGCGCUCGAGCUCAAGGAGUCGCUCUUGAGUCAGGCUAUUGAGGAGCUCGAACAGGAGGCGCACAGCGUGACAGAGCCGCUGGAGGCGAUCGAGGAGGAGGAUCCGGCGCUGUUGUCGGGCCGCGGGCUCAACACAACGGUGGACCCGAAGAGCGCGCCGUGCCUGACGGACCAGGCGCAGCUGCUGCGGCAGGCCGUGACCGAGGCCAUCGGGGACGACGGGUUCCGACGGCUGUACGGGUCGGUGCGCGACGCGGUGUCGGGGCGCGUCCCCGGCGACACGCAGGCUUUCGCGCAGCAGCUGCCGCCGCAGCAGCGCCCGCUGCUGGCGCUCGUGGACAAACUCGUGUACAUUGAAGACGUCAUGAGCGGCCGCGCGGCGUGA